GUGCUAAUUAGGAAGAGAUAAUGAAGAGCCCCUGGUACACAAUGAGGGCUUCACAUCUCCCCUGGUACACAAUGAGGGCUUCACAUCUCAUUUCUGAAGAGAUUCUUGAAGAGAAAACCAACGAUGUCAGACAAAUGCAUUGCAUGCAAUAAGAUUGUUCGCCCCAGACAAGAGGCCAUACAGUGUGAUGGAUGUGAACUAUGGCAACACAGAACAUGUAAUACUGGAAUCAGCCGUGACCAGUAUAGACGAAUAGGGAAACAGCAAGAAGACCUCCAGUGGGUUUGCGCCCGGUGCUUGGAAACUCCUACUGAUACAGAAGAGUUUGUAGCUGCAGCUGAUGCCACAUUUCACGUGUCAAUAGCCUCCCUUGGUUCAUCAGUUGCUGAACCCGAUGAUGAAGAUGAACAGGAGGAUGAAUCUACACCUGUAGCUGCAGCUGAUGCCACAUUUCACGUGUCUAUAGCCUCCCUUGGUUCAUCGGUUGCUGAACCCGAUGAUGAAGAUGAACAGGAGGAUGAAUCUAUGUCUGCACCUGAUGAUCAGUCAUUUAAUGCUGAUGGCUCUUAUGCAAUACCAGACCCAGUUCAGGAAAUGUCCAUCCAAGAAGAUGCCAUUGAGGAUAUACCUCAGCAAACUGAAGAUCCUCGGCCGGAGUACCAGAUGAUUGACUGUGGUACCAAACGAGGGAAGCAGAAACUUAUAGACAAAAGGGGAUUCCAGUACACAUUGAGGAGGACAAAAGGAGAUAACUAUGCAUACUGGAGGUGCAACAAGAGAGGGAAGACUCAACCCUGUCCAGCCACAGUAAUUCAGCGGGGAGAUGACUUCAAUGAGGGAGGGAAGAAACACAACCAUCCGGCAGAGCCAGGAAUUCAUCUAGCUGUGCAAAUAACAAGCAAGGUAAAGCAGAGUGCAUCUAUGAAUAUCUUCACUCAGUCAGCCCCAAGGAUUGUAGAGGAGGCGAUGGCAGAGACAGGUGAUAUUGAUGCUCCUCCUGCCAGCAGACCAAAACCAUCCAACCUGAUCAGGAUUGUAAACAGAGCAAGACUCAACAUGAGACCCAAGGAUCCAAGAGAUUUGAAUUUUGAGCUUGAUCGAGACUUUUUGGAAAGUCAGAUGCAAGCCUUCCAAACCUUGGAUGUCUAUGCAUCUGGAUAUCGCCACCUCCUGAUGUAUACCCAACAUCAAUUGGACCUCUUAUCACAAGCCAGGACAUGGUACAUGGAUGCAACGUUCCAUGUGGUCAAUAAUCCUUGGACUCAACUGUUUACCAUUCACAGCUUCAUCAGGAGUGGGCAACACAUGAAGCAAGUGCCUUUGGUAUUUUGCUUCAUGUCAAGAAAGAGGAAGGAGGAUUAUUAUGAAAUUCUCCGGGCCAUUGACCGACUCCUUCCUCGACAGAUUUCCCUGCAGGGGUUUGUUGUGGAUUUUGAAUCAGCCAUGUGGCGGGCCAUCCAGGAUCGAUUUCCAUGGGCUGUGAUACAAGGAUGUGUCUUCCAUUGGACACAGGCCUUGUAUCGCAAAGUCCAAGAGUUAGGACUACAGAGAGCUUACAACGAAAAAGGAGAUGUACAUCGUUUUGUGAGGCAGGUCAUGGCCCUACCAUUCCUGCCUCCAGAACACAUUGAGCCAGUCUUUCAUCAGCUGGAUCAACGAGUUAGAACUGACACCAUGGAUGAAUUCAUGGGAUAUGUUUGGAGGCAGUGGUUUAAUAAUUCAAUAUUUCAUGUGAAGAACUGGAGUGUAUUUAUGGCCUCUGUGAGAACAAACAACGAUCUAGAAGGUUGGCACAACCGAAUCAACUCCAGAAUGAACUCCAGAGGACGAGUCCCAUUUUACCUCCUAUUACAAGAACUGUGCAAGGAGGCCACUGCCAUCCCCAUGCAGGCCAGGCUGCUGACAGAAGGAAAGAUGGAGAGACUACACAGGAAACAUUCCUCCAGACUCAAUGGCAAACUCUUCAAACUUUGGGAGGAAUACAAUUGCAGACAGAUCAGCACCACCCAGCUGCUGAGAAAGUGCUCAUACUUAUAUGGACCUGUUGACAUUUGAUGUGUUGUGUUAAGUGUUAAUUCAGCGGUGUUGGGGAAAAUGUUAUUUAUUUGAUUGAUUGAAACUGUAUAAUGGUAAACGUUUGUUUGACAUAAGUAAUGCUAAAUAAACCACAUUUAAAAAUG